AUGGUUCGUUCUACUCGCACUGUCAGGAAUGCCUCAGGGUCAAAGGAUGUGACGGGGAAAUCAGAAGCAAGGGCAAGUAGCACAAAAGCCUCUUCUGAUGAUCAUGUCAAACCCUCCACUUCCUCACUGGCAUCAUGCUGGCUAAUGAAAGCAGAACCUGAUCCAAGAUUGGAAAAAGGCAUUGAUAUCUCAUUCAGUGUGGAUAAAUUCGCAGAAAUGCCAGAUGCAAUCACUCAAUGGGAUGGAGUACGAAAUCCAGAAGCAAGAACGAUGAUGAGAGAAAAGAUGAAGAUUGGCGAUAAAGUGUUGUUUUAUCAUAGCAAUUGUAAACUUCCUGGUAUCGCAGGAUUGGCAAAAGUUGUCAAAGAAGGAUAUCCGGAUUAUACAGCAUGGGAUGCAAAACACCCUUAUUUUGACCCAAAGACGGAUAAAGAGAAUCCGAAAUGGUUCAUGGUGGAUGUUCAACUAGAAAGAAAGUUGCCAAAUCUUGUCCCUUUGGCUUUGUUGCAAUUAUUGAGAGAUGACUCCUCAAAGAAGCUUGAUUAUCUCACAAAGGCACAUCGAAAUGCAAUAUCGUCCAUGCAAUUGCUCAAUAGAGGUAGAUUGAGCGUGCAAUACGUCGAACCAGAUGCGUAUGAUGCAAUCAUUCUGCUUGCUGAUCAAGGCGGCUGGCAGGAAUGGCCAGGAAAAUGGCAAGUCAAAGCAUCCAAAAAGGAGGUAAAAGAGCAAGACGAGAAAAAGGCGGUAAAUGAGAAUGAAGAGUCAAAAAAGAGGGGCACAAGCGAUGCGAAUGAGAGCGAAUCUACCCAAAAGAGAAGUCGAACAAGCAGACGAAAAUAG